CGUUUAUUAAUACAAACAAUAUAACCAUUUAAGUGUUUUAACAUUUAGAAAGUUGAUAUAAAGUGUAGUGGUUGAAAAAAAAAUGUUUAGAGGAGAUAAUUCUCAUUCUUUAAGUUAUGAGCAACAAGCAAAAUUCAUACAAGACCGAAUAACAAAUGUUGAGAAACAUUUUGGUGAUUUAUGUGUGGGCUUCGGUGAUUACACCAGAAAAACAGCUAGACUUCGUGAUAUGGGGGACGAAUUAUCGAAAAUAUUGAAGGAAUACGCAAAUAAUGAACUCGUUAACAAAUCUCUCAGCGCAGGCCUGGACAAUUUAUCUAUGACGCUUACGGCAAUAGAAGAGUAUAGAAAUUGUGCAGUCCAACGAUUAGAAGCCAAGGUGAUUGGAGAACUUUGCCAGUAUGAGAAUAUUUGUAAACAUGCAAGGGAAGAACUAAAGCACACUAUGAACGUAAGAGAGAAGGAAAUGGCAAGAAAGAAAGUUCUAGACAAAGCAAGGGAGAGGCAACCGUUUAAUCGGCAACAAGUGACCUAUGCGGAGUCAGAACUACUGAAAGCAACAGCUGAAAUGUCCCGGACUGCAAAAGGUCUCAGUGAACAAACCGAGUUCUUCGAGCGUCGUAAACUGCAGCAAUUGAAGGGGCUUCUUGCGAAUUUCGUUAUGAUCGAGAUGACCUUCCACGCAAAGGCGGUGGAACUGCUCACAGUGGCUUAUCAGCAAAUCGGAGACAUUAAUGAUAAUGCUGAUUUAGAGCUUUUAAAUAUAGGUCUUUCAGAUGAUGAUGACCAAACGAACUUCAAACGUAAACUAUUAUCACCGGAGAAGCCGGUUAAUGCCGGGAUUUCAGCAAGGUCUUACUCUCUAGCCUCUCUGUUGCACCCGCAACAGUCGCCGGUGAAGGACGACGAAGAUGCCACGAGUCUUAACAGAAUGCGGUCUCCAGAGAAGUCAAUAACUGGCAAAAGUAGAUCCAGUUCCAUUGCAGCUAUGAUGAAUCACUCCCCUUCUUACUCCAAAGAUGGGGAUACUUCGGAAACGGAAGAUACUGAAGAAACUCAGAGUUCAUCAGAGGAAACGGAAUCGAGGUAGAAUGUGAAUACACGGAGAAUUUAUUAUAAGAUUUAAUUGACUGUAUUAUGAAUUUGAUCUUUAAUAAAAAAAUGUCGCUAUAUUA